CUCAGGGCCAUAGAAGAUCAAAUACCCUAACAAACAUAUCUGCUUCUUUAACCUCCAUCGCUUCUUGCCACCUUACCCUUUGAAGCUUCAAAUAAUUUUUGUGACUAUGUUUCCUUUACAACAAGGCAAUGAACUGUGCUUCCAGAUUUCUUCUAAUACUCGCAACGAAAUCCCACAAGAUUUGAUUACCUCUCAUCCUGCGCUUUAUGGCAGUACUGAUGUAGCAGAUGACUUGGGACAAAGUAGGCGGCGAAAAUCCAUUUCUAUGGACAAUGAUCAGAGUGCUAGGGAUAACAGUAAUGAUAAGAAGAAGUUGUUGCAUAGGGAUAUUGAACGCCAAAGAAGGCAAGAAAUGACUACCCUUUAUGCAUCCCUUCGAUCUUUACUCCCUCUUGAAUAUAUCAAGGGAAAGCGUUCAAUAUCUGACCACAUGAACGAGGCUGUGAAUUAUAUAAAGCACCUGAAGAAAAGGAUCAAAGAACUAGAUUCCAAGAGGGAUGAGUUGAAGAAGAAGACUAAUUUCAGAAAUAUUCCCAUACAAAGUAGUGGAAAUUCAAAUAACUGUUCCCUAAGUACGGGAUUCAUAAUCCGUCCUUGUUUGAGCGGCAUUCAGAUUGUGUUUAGUAGCGGCUUUGGGGAGCAAAGUUCGAGCCUAUCAAGAGCACUGCAACUACUCCUUGAAGCUGAAAUUUCUGUAGUUAACUGUGUUUCCACCAAAGUGAAUGAAAGGGUAUUUCACACCAUCCAUGCUGAGGUGAAAGAUUCAACUUGCGUAAAUCUAUCCGAGCUGCAGCAGAAAUUAAACCCGCUUGUCCCUUGAUCUUGGUGAUGUUAUUUAUUCAAAUAACCAUGUUCCUGAGUGUUGAGGACACCAUAGUUCUGCACUGUACAUUUCUAACUUUUGAUCCGAAAACUAAACUUGGUUGUAAUUGCUUAGUUAGGCUUUGACCUGAUUUUCCUUAAUAAUAUCACUACAAAGAUACUCUA